AUGGAUAUCGAAAACAAGGAGCUGAUGGAGGCGCUAUCCGGAAUGCUCAUCCAGGCACUGAAGGCGUCAAUCGGACCUGCGAUCGAGCAAGCAACGGAUGCAAGCAAGACAGGACUCGGAGCACUACUCUCCCAUAGAAUGAACAAUGGUUUAGAAAGACCCAUCGCGUACGCUAGUUGUACUAUGUCCGCAACGGAGCAACGUUAUCCAGUGAUUGACAAAGAAGCGCUGGCGAUCGUGUGGGCCGUGAAGAAGUUUUUCAACUACUUAUACGCCAGAACGUUCACGCUGGUGACGGAUCACAAGCCAUUGACACAGAUUCUCCAUCCCCAUAAAUCACUGCCGACACUUUUGGUGUAUCGAUCCACGAACAAUAAUAAGAACGCUAAUUAUUGUUCACGCAUACCGAGCAGUGAGAAACGUUCAGAUGUAAACACAUUGUCUUUGUUCGGAGGAGGAAAUGACGGAGAAGACGAAUUCGAAGGUUUUGUACUCCAUCAGAUUCAACAACUUCCUAUCAGAACGGAACAAAUCGCCCGUAAAACACGGAAGGAUGAACACUUAGGUAAAAUCUUGAAGGAUCUGGAAAUGGGACGAGACCUAAGUCAAGUAGGGAACAAAGCGCCAGAAUCAAAGUACAAUAUGGUAGUCAAUUGCUUGCUCUUCGAGCAUCGUGCCGUGGUUCCGUGCAUCUUCCGCCCGUCAAUUCUGAAGGAUCUCCAUUCGGCACACAUAGGCAUCGACACUGACAUCCAAAAACUGGCCAAAGCAUGUGUCAAAUGCGCACAAACGGCAUCAUCCCCUCCCAAGUACAACCAACAUCAUUGGGAGUAUCCCAGUAAUCCCUGGGAUCGAGUACACGUCGAUUACGCUGGUCCGGUAGCGGGAGCGAUGUUACUCAUAGUGGCAGAUGCGCAUAGCAAAUGGACUGAGGUUAGAGUUACACACUCGACGACAACAGCUGCAACCAUCGCCAUAUUGGAUGACCUGUUCGCAUCAUAUGGAGCACCAGUUACGGUGGUAACAGACAACGGACCACAGUUUGUAUCGGAAGAAUUUAAAACAUUUCUACAGCGUAGUGGAGUGAAGUGGCACAAAACGUCAGCACCGUACCAUCCCGCCACCAACGGUCAAGCAGAACGCUACGUGCAAACGGUAAAAAAGCACUGA